AUGGGUGACUUUGGUCAGAAUAAAACGUCUUUACAUCCCGAACCCAAGAAAUGGAAAGCUCCAAAAGGUCCCAAGCCUGUGGGACAUAAGAAUAAGAAUCAUAUUGGGUUGGGUAGAACCAUCGCAAACCAGAGAAGGUUAGAAAACCUGAUUUCGUUUUUACCUGAUGGUGAGAUGAGAUUCACCACGGAUAAAAAGGAGGCAAACUGGGUAAAAUUGAGAUCUGUUACUCAGGAAAACUCACUAGAUGAAUUUUUAAAUACGGCACAAUUAGCGGACACUGACUUCACAGCAGAUAGAAAUAAUCAAGUCAAGAUCAUAAAAGUGGGUAACACAACAAUCGCUGACCAAGAUGGACUACUUAGCACCGAAGAAAGAUCACAGUUGCGUAAGAAACAUGAAAUGUUUGAAAAUAGGCUAACAAUUCCUAGGCGACCGAAAUGGACAAAAGAUCAAUCUAAAAUUCAGAUAGAAAGGCAGGAGAAUUUGGCAUUUUUAGAUUGGAGAAGAGAUUUAGCCUCCUUGACUGAGAAUAAUGACUUACUUUUAACUCCAUUUGAGAGAAAUUUAGAAGUAUGGAGACAAUUGUGGAGAGUAGUUGAAAGAUGUGAUUUGAUUGUACAGAUUGUUGAUGCUCGAAAUCCCUUACUUUUUAGGUCUGUUGACUUGGUGAAUUAUGUAAAUGAGCUAAGCGAUCCUGAAGACAACAAGGCAAAAGAGAAUUUACUUUUAGUUAAUAAAGCUGAUUUAUUAACUCUAAAUCAAAGGAAGAAAUGGUCGGAAUAUUUCAUUACAAGGAAUAUCAACUUUGUCUUCUUCAGUGCAGCGAGGGCCAAUGAGUUACUUGAGAAAGAAAGAGACGAAUUAGAGAACGAGCUCAAAAUUAAGAACCUAGAUGCUAAGCUUUCCGAUGAACAGGCUGAUAACUUGGAAAUAAAAGGCUUGGAUCCCAGAAUUCGUAUACUUUCUGUUGACGAAUUAGAAGAUUUAUUUUUAAAAGAAGCGCCAAAAUUUAAUAUAGAUCCUGAGUUUCCUGACCGCAAAACACAAAUCGGAUUAGUUGGUUAUCCCAAUGUUGGUAAGUCUUCCACCAUAAAUGCAUUAGUCGGCUCCAAAAAGGUUUCAGUAUCUUCUACACCAGGUAAGACUAAGCAUUUCCAGACAAUACACUUAACGCCUGAAAUCUUACUCUGUGACUGUCCUGGAUUGGUUUUUCCUAAUUUCGCAUACACUAAUGGAGAACUAGUUUGCAAUGGAGUAUUACCGAUUGAUCAGUUAAGGGAACAUAUUUCACCUAUCUCUUUAGUUUGUCAAAGGAUUCCAAAAUUUUUCUUAGAGGCAGUAUAUGGUAUUCACAUACCGAUCAAGAGUGUGGAAGAUGGGGGAAGUGGUGAGUAUCCCACAGCUAGAGAAUUGUUAAAUGCAUAUGCAAGAGCUCGAGGUUACAUGACUCAAGGUUUUGGCAGUGCCGAUGAACCAAGAGCUUCAAGAUAUAUUUUGAAGGAUUUUGUGAAUGGAAAGCUCAAGUUUGUAAAUCCUCCACCGGAGAAUGUUGGAAAGGACCUGUGGGAACUUCCAAGUCUUCAGGAAACGAGGGAAUUCAACAAAGAUUUGUAUACUUUGCAAAAUUUACCUGAAUCCAGAAGGAUGCAAAUAAUCUCUUCGUUAUCAUCUAAAAAUAUGACCACAGACGAGUUUGAUCUUUCAAAUGAUUUACUGAAGUUAAGCUUUUCGAUGCACAAAGGUAGCAAGGUGAACGAUGCUUCUGAUUCUUCAACUGCUCGAACGGGAAACACUAUCUUUUAUGGCGGAAAAAGAGCAGCUCUUGAAAGUGAAGGUGAUGAUCUUGAUAAAGAAUUCUUCGAGAUGAAUAAUGUAAAUGGAAAACUCAAUAGCCCGUUUCAUAAGCAAGGAGGACUUAAACUGGAAACCAAGAAGCAUAACAAGAAGAAUAAAAAAUCUACUAAAAAAAAUAGGGUUACAGCGUAUUGA